GAAAGAUGGUGAAUUAACGGAGGACGAUGUGUUUAAAUGCCUGUCCAUUCUGGGACCGUCAGCUACCGGACUCCAGCUCACUUACCUAUGCCUCUCUGUGCCAGGGCGAGACUUGAAAAAUGUUUCAAUUUUAUGCAAUUACAUCUAUCUACAAAAGCUAGAGCUUCCCUACAAUAAAAUCAAAGAUCUAUCCUGCGUGAGUCACAUGCCGCACCUCAUCAUACUGGAUGCUUCCCACAACCAGCUCACCGAUUUCUUUGGAUUCCAGCCGCCAAAAAAUCUCAAGGAGGUAAAUUUCUCACACAACCAGAUGUCCGUAAUGAAGGAUCUUUCGGCAUAUUCCUCUUUGACCAAACUGAUUCUUGACUAUAAUUCAUUUAGUGCCAUCAGGGGGCUGGAAAAGUGCAAAAGGCUCUCACACCUCAGCCUGGCCCAUAACAACAUCUCCCGCAUCAGGGGUCUGGACCAUCUGCCUCUCAGAAAGCUCUGCCUGAGGGGGAAUGUGAUACAGAAGAUUGAGAAUCUCCAGACUCUACAUAACCUGCAGGUUCUAGAUUUGUCCUGUAACCAGAUUCAGAGCCUCUCGGGUCUCCAGAACCUCCAUCUCCUGGGAAACAUCAACCUUGAGAGCAAUCUGAUCAGUGAGGUAAAGGAGGCCGCACAUUUGCAUGGCCUGAUAUUGUUAAGAGAAAUGAAUCUCCUCAGAAACCUAGUGCAGGACCAGGAAGACUAUAGACUAGCUGUGAUAUUCCUCCUUCAGCACCUCACAAUUCUGGAUCAACACACUAUAACUGCAGAGGAGAAGGUGUCUGCUGUGAACAAGUACGACCCUCCUCUGGAGGUGAUCGCAGCCAGAGAUCACAUGACCCACUUGGUAUACCAGCUCAUGCAACCUCAGGUUAUUUUUGACAGUACUCUCCCCAGUCUGGAUGCUCCAUACCCCAUGCUGGUCCUCACUGGCCCGCAGGCCUGUGGGAAGAGGGAACUAGCCCAUAAGCUGUGCCAGGAAUUCAGCGACUAUUUCGCUUAUGGUGCCUGCCACACCACCAGGGGGCCAUAUUAUGGGGAAGAGGAUGGGUCUGACUAUCACUUUGUCACUGAGGAAGAAUUUCAGAACAUGAUUCAAAUGGGUCAGUUUAUCCAGACGAUGCAGUACGGUGGACACUGGUAUGGCCUGUCGCGGGAAACUAUCGAGCGUGUGGCUCGCGAAGGUCUUGCCUGCUGUGUGCAUAUGGAACUAGAGGGAGUGUAUAGUUUGAAGAACUCUUAUUUUGAGCCCCGUUAUGUCUUGCUGAUCCCCACCGUCGUUGAUAAUUACAUCUGCUUUCUGAAAGCAAGAGGAUUCUACAGCAGUGCUCAGAUGGAAACAGCUGUGUCUCGUAUUGAUUUGUAUUCCAAGACCAACAGAGAAUUACCUGGCUUCUUUGACAACAUCAUCCCUUGUGAUGAUCGUGCUGAGGCCUACCAGACUUUAAAACAGCUGGUGAAGGAGUACCUGGGUCUUGAGGAGCAUGGAGGAGGAGAAGGUGACAGCAGCUCAGUCACACCUGACAACACCUCCACAUACGCAACUGGCGAGUUACUGGCAGCCAACACGACAGAGGCCGCUGACCUCAUGGACUCCUACAGCAGAAACUACCAGAACAAAAUCCAGGCCCAGAUGACCCCUCAGCAGACCCCUGCAGAAAUGGCUUCCAAUAACAGGCGCCAGCAGCUGAUUCGAGAAGCUCUGAGCGGGAAGAGUCCUGGUGCUUACGCCGAGCUGUUUCAGAGAAGUGCACCCACAGCUCCAUCAUCAUUAGCCUCUCAGUCCCGGCCCCCGCACGGCCCCUCACGUCCUGUUGGCCUCAACGCUCCUGACCCCGAUGAGGACAGCAGUUCUGAGGAAUCUCGUGCUAGUUCUGGCCUGUCCAUGAGGAGCUCAGCAGGGGCGCUCUCAGCGGCCCAGGGAUCAGACGCUGGGUCAGGGCCCAACAUAGAGCCUUUGGAUAUGUUUAUGUUGGGGCAGGACCAGGACUCUCUUCGAGGACACGUGGACUCUGGUCUGACCCCUGAUGCUCCUCGGUCGGUCUCUGAGAGGGUCUCCCCAACACUCCCCUCCUCCCCGGGCCGUCCAGGUGCCAACGUUAAACCAGUCCUGCCACCCAUCCCAUCUGGAAGGAAGACCAAUGAUUCUGGCUCAAACAGUAACUAA